AUGCUUGAGCAACACCGCCAGCUGCGUUCUGUCCCAGAGAAGAUUGGUCUGUAUACAUCGCCGCAUUUGAUCUCGGUGAGAGAAAGAAUACAGAUCAAUUCCCAACCUAUCGCAGAGCAGAUGUUUGCACGAUACUUUUUCGAAGUUUGGGAUGCUCUUGAAGCUUCUGCACAGCAAGAUGGCCGAGACGCCUCCGUCAAACCGGUUUACUUCCGCUUCUUGACCCUUCUAUCCUGGCAUAUUUUCGUGAGCGAGGCUGUUGAUGUUGCCAUCUACGAGGUUGGAGUUGGAGGAGCUUGGGAUUCCACUAAUAUUGUGGAACGGCCGAUAGCGACUGGCAUCACGACGCUGGGCAUCGACCAUGAGGCGGUUCUGGGGGAUACCUUGGCCAAAAUUGCCUGGCACAAGGCGGGCAUCUUCAAGUCUAAGGUGCCCGCUUUCUCCGUGGAGCAAUUUCCCGAGGGAGCGGAGGUCUUGAAGGAGCGUGCUCAAGAGAUAGGGACUCGCGUCAAAUUCCUUGAAGAACCCCCGUUUUUGUCCCAGAAAACAAGACCAGAGGCCCAAGAAUUGCUGAGGGUGCUCCAAGAAGCCCUAUCGGAUGAGAGCCCGGUUGCCUUUGCUCAUGUUAAUUUUACCACAAACGUGACAAGGAGCAAAGAUGGAUAUAGAAUUGGUAAGCUUCGCCGAGAUCCCCGAUGUGCAGAAGCUCAUCCGUCUCCAGAGUUUGAAAAUCGAAAUGCCUGUGCUCGAUCUAUCAAAGAGCUUACCGUUCAAAAACAAUUUGCAGAGAUCUGGUCGGCCCAUGAUGGCAUAGCAAACGUCCAUCUGACCCCAACGAUUCAAGGGGCAAUCGAACUUGCGGAGGCCUUGAGCGAAGGAUGUACCAGUACGGAAAUCUUGGUUACCGGGAGUCUGCACCUUGUUGGCGGGGUGCUCGCCCUUCUUGAAGGUGCUUCGACUCCAGGAGCGGCGAAGUGA